AUGCCGUGGCUGCUGUCCUCUCAGGUGGAGCACCUGUCCUCAUCUCCAUCGCAGCGUCAGUGUGAGCGGACGUCGUUCUCCUUCUACUGUGCUGUGAGGGAACAGCUUCCGGUCUGGCUGCUGGAGGACAUGCGCAGUAUGGAGGUCUUCAGCUGGGAGGAUGGGCGUCCUCGCACCUUCCUGCCAUCGGAGGCGUUGCUGUAUGCGCUUGUACACGACCAUCAGAGCUAUGCGCGCUUCCUGCUGAGCGAGUACUUGGUAAGCUCGCUCAGGCCGCUGCGCUGCAGCUUCUGCUGCUGCCACGGUAGCACCGCGCCUCACUUCACCGUAGCGGUGCGCUACAACCGCGUGUCGAUCCUCGGCAUGAUGCUGGAGGCUCUGAAGGACUGUCCCGUGCAGGACUUCUUAGAUAACCGGGGCGGCUGCUCGCACGCGGCAGACGCUGGAAAGACGGCGGUGCAACUGGCGGUGGAACUGUCGCGGCCCGAUUGUCUGCUGCUCCUGCUGGUUCAUGGAGCGCCUCCCAGCGGCCUUGAUGCCGCGCUGCAGCGACUCGUCUCCUCCGACAUCACAGACCGCCGCAGUGCGCAGCGCUGCCUCGACUUCCUGCUGCUCUUCCUGCCCGAACCGCCGGCGAUGUGCUGCCUGCAGGACGAGUCGCAUCGCUGGCAAAGCCUGCUGGGAAAUGACGUUUUCAGCUGGCUGUGUGGUUUGGCUCCGCCCCCCCUCCUCCUACAAGCACUCAGGUGUCUGGCCCGUUGUGGCCCAGAUCAGAUUACCGCGCUGCCCGACUUCCUGCAGCUGCACACCUGGCAGUGA